AUGUGGCCCGACAACCUGUCUGCGCGCUUUGUCACCGUGGCUUGUGGGAUCCUGCUUCUCCUUGUCCGGGCCCAGGGUCAGGAUUCCGCCAGCCCCAUCCGGACCACACAUCUGGGACAGGUGCGGGGGAGCCUGGUGCACUUGAAGGGCAUCAAUGCAACUGUCCACACCUUCCUCGGCCUUCCCUUUGCCAAGCCGCCCCUAGGGCCGUUGCGAUUUGCACCCCCUGAGCCCCCUGAAGCUUGGAGUGGUAUCAAGGAUGGAACCUCCCACCCAAACAUUUGUCUGCAGAACAUGCCUGAGGUGACUGGAAUAAUUCAAAGGAUGAUGAACAGGACCCUGCAAUCCACCUCCAUGUCUGAAGACUGUUUGUACCUCAACAUCUACGCUCCUUCCCAUGCCCGUGAGGGCUCCAGUUUGCCGGUGAUGGUGUAUAUCCACGGUGGGGGCCUGGUGAUGGGCAUGGCCACCAUAUAUGAUGGCUCAGCACUGGCAGCCUUCGAGGACGUGGUGGUGGUGAUAAUCCAGUAUCGCCUGGGCAUUCUGGGCUUCUUCAGCACUGGAGACAGACAUGCCUCCGGAAACUGGGGCUACCUGGACCAAGUAGCUGCUCUGCGCUGGGUCCAGCAGAAUAUCGCCAGCUUUGGGGGCAACCCAGGCCGCGUCACCAUUUUCGGCACGUCCGCGGGUGGCACAAGUGUGUCCUCACAUGUGGUGUCACCCAUGUCCAAAGGACUCUUCCAUGGGGCUAUCAUGGAGAGCGGUGUUGCCCUGAUGCCCGGUCUCAUCGCCAGCUCAUCGGAGGUGGUGUCCAAGAUGGUGGCUGAGGGUUCUGGCUGUAACCAAGGGAACUCCAAGGCCCUGGUGCAGUGCCUGCGAGGCAAGAGCAAGGAAGAAAUACUGGUCAUCAAUAAGCCCUUUAAGAUCAUCCCCGGCGUGGUGGACGGCACCUUCCUACCCAGGCACCCGCAGGAGCUGCUGCUUUCAGCCGACUUCCAGCCUGUUCCAAGCAUCAUUGGUGUCAACAAUGAUGAAUACGGCUGGCAUAUCCCCAUGGCUAUACAAUCCUCUGACACUGAAAGGAAAAUCGACAGGAAGGCGAUGAGGAAGAUGUUGCAGAAAGUCUCCGGCAUGAUGGUAUUGCCUCCUGAGCUCGGUGACCUGUUGAUGGAGGAGUACAUGGGGGACAGCAAGGACCCCCAGAUCCUCCAAGCCCAGUUCCAUGAGUUGAUGGAGGACUGCAUCUUCGUGAUCCCUGCACUCCAAGUAGCCAAUUUCCAGCGUUCCCUGGCUCCUGUCUAUUUCUAUGAGUUCCAGCAUCAGCCCAGCUACCUCAAGGACACAAGGCCGCCAUAUGUCAAGGCGGACCAUGGUGAUGAAGUUGCCUUUGUCUUUGGAAUCUUCGCCUGGAUCCACGACAUUGAAUUCACGAAGGAGGAACUGCUGCUGAGCAGGAUGAUGAUGAAGUACUGGGCCAACUUUGCUCGAAGUGGGAACCCCAACAGUGAGGACCUGCUUCACUGGCCCAAGUUGGAUCAGGAGGAGCAGUACCUGCAGCUGAACCUGCAGCCGGCGCUGGGCCAGGCCCUGAAGGCACCCCAGCUCCAAUUCUGGACCAAGAUGCUGCCACAGAAGAUCAAGGAACUCACAUAUGCCCAGGAGAGGUACCAAGAGCUGUAG